AUGUCGUCCGGUGUCCAACCUACCCAAGAAUGUCUCGAGAAAUUCCAAGAACUCAAAACAGGAAAGAAACUCUCCUACGUCGUAUACGGUCUCUCGGAAGAUAAGAAGUCCAUCGUCGUUUUGAAAACUUCGGAAGAUAAGGAAUUCGACACGUUUGUAGGUGAAUUACCGGAGAAGGAAUGUAGAUGGGCUGUAUACGAUUUCGAAUUCACUCUUCCUGGAGGAGAGGGAGUGAGAAACAAAUUGGUGUUUGUUGUUUGGUCCCCAGAUGACGCCAACGUCAAGAACAAAAUGAUGUUCGCUUCUUCCAAAGACGCUCUCAGACGACGACUUGAGGGUAUCCACAUCGAAAUCCAAGCUACCGACUUCUCAGAAAUCACCAAAGAUGCUAUCUUAGAAAAGGCUCUCCGAAGAUAA